AUCCCUUUUCUCCACCGCAAUUCCUCCGCAACUUCACAACACAGAUCAUCGUCUUCCAAUCGAGCAAACCCUCCUUCGGUUUAGAGAAUCCGAGCGGCGGCAUCGAUGGCGCCCAAGGCAGAGAAGAAGCCGGCGUCGAAGAAGCCCGCGGAGGAGGAGCCCUCGGAGAAGGCGGCUCCGGCGGAGAAGGCCCCCGCGGGGAAGAAGCCCAAGGCGGAGAAGCGGCUCCCGGCGGGCAAGUCGUCCGCCGGCAAGGAGGGCGGCGAGAAGAAGGGGAGGAAGAAGGGCAAGAAGAGCGUGGAGACCUACAAGAUCUACAUCUUCAAGGUCCUGAAGCAGGUGCACCCGGACAUCGGCAUCUCCUCCAAGGCCAUGUCCAUCAUGAACUCCUUCAUCAACGACAUCUUCGAGAAGCUGGCCGCGGAGUCCGCCAAGCUCGCCCGCUACAACAAGAAGCCCACCAUUACCUCCCGCGAGAUCCAGACCUCCGUCCGCCUCGUCCUCCCCGGGGAGCUCGCCAAGCACGCCGUCUCCGAGGGUACCAAGGCCGUCACCAAGUUCACCUCCUCUUAGAUUAGAUGGACGUCAAUGGUGUGUCUGCUUCUCAAGCACGCACUGUGAUGUGCUGCUUCUCCUGGUAGUAGUGGUUGGCUGGCUGGUGUGGUGUAGUUAAGUGCUGCAGUGCCUUUUGCCUGUAUUAUGAAUAGUCAUGGUGGUAAUGGAAUGAUCUGGUUAUCUGAAUGUUGACCAGGGAUCUUAUGCGUGCUUACCA